AUGAAGUGUACCAACUAUCCCCUCGGGGUGAACAGAUGUUUCAACAAGACCCCAAACGGACACAAUACAAGCGCGAUCACAGACAACAAGCCUGUACUGACAGCUAUGAUAAAUUUGAUGACCGGAGCAAAAUUGGGAGCAUUAUUCCUCGGCACUUUCUACUUCUUCACCGUUUACCAAAUCCUUACCGAGAAUCACGAGGAUUUGUGUGAUUGUCGGGAAGCA